AAGCUGGAGCCUAUCCCAGCUGACUACGGGCGAAAGGCGGGGUACACCCUGGGCAAGUCGCCAGGUCAUCACAGGGCUGACACAUAGACACAGACAACCAUUCACACUCACAUUCACACCUACGGUCAAUUUAGAGUCACCAGUUAACCUAACCUGCAUGUCUUUGGACUGUGGGGGAAACCGGAGCACCCGGAGGAAACCCAUGCGGACACGAGGAGAACAUGCAAACUCCACACAGAAAGGCUCUCGCCGGCCACGGGGCUUGAACCUGGACCUUCUUGCUGUAAGGCGACAGCGCUAACCACUACACCACUGUGCCGCCCACAUAGCACACAUAGUUUCUGAAAAGUGUUGCCAGGUGAAUGUGACAUUUUAAAGAAAAUGGGCUGAAGGAAGUUCCUUGUCUGUGUUUCCAGUAACUCAAGGUGCAGCUGUUUAAGGUUUCUAACGCUUUCAGUUUAAUGACUUCAGCGGUGUUGUGCUGAGAGGAAAGCUGUGUCGAGACUUGUGCAGCAGCUCUGAUUUUAUUAACAGCUCCUGACUGAGUGAUUCACAUCAAGGAACCACAGUAUCAGCUCAACAAUGACUUCUGGUUUGUCUCAUCAGAUCCGCUGUCCUGUAUGUUGGAAUGAUUUAAAAGAUCCAGUGUGUCUUCCAUGUGAGCACUUCUACUGUAGAGGAUGUAUUACUGAGCAUAUAACCAGAAGUACUUCUGAUGCCAAAUGCCCAGAAUGCCGUAGCCCGUUUACGCAGAAUGAUAUCAGAGUAAAUCGUGUUUUAAGAAACUUGGUGGAUGCAGCCAAAGAGCAUCUGAGGGAGCAUCAAGCCUUGAAAGAGACGGUCAUAUCUGACUCCACAGGGACUGGAACCCACAAACAAGUCUUCACAAAACGUUGUAUGGACCACAAUGAAGAACUCAAGCUUUUCUGUGUGACAGAUCAAAAACCUAUUUGUGUUAUCUGCAAAGAGGAAAAGACACACAAAGGACAUAAUUUUAAAACUUUAAAGGAUGCAUUCGACACCAAGAAGCAAAAGACAUCUGAGGCUCUGGAAACUUUGCUCAGCACAGAAAACACACUGGUUGCUUUGAUUAAUGAGCAGGCUGAAGAGAUUCUGAAAACAAUGGAAAAAUCCAAAGCACUGUCAGACCAGAUGUCUGCCCAGUUUUCGAAGCUGCACCAGUUCCUGAAUGACAAAGAGAGGGAGGUGAAAAAACAGCUAGAGGAGGAGGAAAAUCAAAUCUUGAACAUAAUGGGAGAAAACAUGCGUGCAAUGGAAGAAAUGGUGUCAGAUGGGGGAGAAAAACAAGUACUUCUGAGGUCAGCUUUGGAGAUGCAUCAACCUACCCAGUUCCUACAGUGGUGGCAUGAGCAUGGACGCGCCAUAAUGAGGGAAAUAUUGCCAUGCAAAACAACGUACCUGACUCUGCAAGAAUUUAAUGUUAUACCUGACACCCUGUCUCUUGGUCCCUAUGAGACUUACCUGCAGUUCUUUGUGUGGAAAGAGAUGUUAAGAUUCAUCCAGCUAGUGCCUCAUCACCACACUGUGGAAGACACAGGUGAUCAAAGCGUAAGCAUUUCUCCCAGUAGACUCUGUAUCCAGCCCAACAAGGUUGCAAAAAUCCAAAAAAACAAACCUAACUCCCUUUGGCUAAAGACAGUGUCAUCAUUUAACAAAGGGAAACACUUCUGGGAGUUGGAUGUUGGGAAGAAAGUGGACUGGGGUGUUGGAGUUUGUAGCUGUGAAUCAGGUAAACUAGUCAGUGACACAGUGCUUUGCUUCAACUCAGACUCUGGCUACAACAUCCAACAGACCCAUGAUAUGGACAGCACAGUUGAUCUUCCAUCAAAGCCGAGGAAGAUAGGCGUGUACCUGGACUGUGAGGGAAAUCAGGUCUCAUUCUAUAAUGCUGAUAAAAUGACUCUCAUUGAAACUAGAGUCUUGUCAAAACCACCACCCCAUGCUCUCUAUCUCUCCGCUGGGCUUUACUUAGAUGGAAAGAACAGCGAUCCACUCACCAUUUGUUGGUAUUAAGAUAUUGCCUAACUCUAAAAGAACAAGACACUGUUUUGCUAAGUAAUUCAAGUUGAUGUUUAAAUUAAAGGAAUUGUAUAUUUGUUUUUGUUCUAUCCACAUCCACUGGAUAUGAGCAAUCACGUGCUCUGAUUGGCUACUCUACUACUAGGCUAUCAGCUCAUAUACUAUGAGUAGAGAAAAACAAAAUGGCAGAGUGCAUCAAGUCAGAUACCGUAUAUCACUUUGUUAUCAAGUAUUUAAAAGAAACAGAAAUAGCUAAAAUAAUAUAAACACUCACACACACACACUCCCCCACCCCCAAUUAUCUCCUAUUCCACACUCCAGCCCAGUUGUUGGUGGUAAUGCACCUUUAAUUUGGUUUUCCAACCACCAAAAAAACCCUAAAGAAGAAGAAGAAAAUGGUGGAGCAUGUUGCUGAACCAACCAAGGAUGAAAUAAAAACUCUACUUGAAAACAAACCCCCCCCCCCCCCCCCAAAUAAAAAAAGCAACAAAAUAUGGAAUGAAAGUAUUUCAUGGUAAGAACAUAUCUUUUUUUUAUUUUUCAACAAUUAUGAUAGCAUUUUUCACAAAUUGCUACUAUUAUUUCACUGGUUUGUUUACAUUCUAAACAGAAAUGAUUUUGUCCAACAUUUUGUAUAAAGUUUUUAUUUAUCAAAUUUACAAAAAAAAUGCUCUGUUUCUCAAAAUCCAGUGAAUGUGGAUAGAAUAAAACAAUUAUUCCACUCAAUCUUGUCGUACAUGGCUUAUAGCCAACUUGGUGCUACGCACCUACUACUCAAUUUUGUGGAAUAACUAAUAAACUACGGUAUCUAACUAACUAACUUAAUUAUAUAUAAAAGGAAUUGUGUAUAUAUAUCUCAGUAUUCUCCCCAGAGUGCGUUUGCGUGUCGAGGCCGACACACUUUAAUUUCAUGCUGACGCUAUUUUUUGCUCUGACACUCGCUGAAAACUGCUCUGUCAACUCUCACGACUUUGCCGUGAGACUCAUGAUUUUUUGCACUGAAUCACGCAGUGAAAGGAUCUUUGUGAUUGGUUGACUGCAGGAAGUUGACCGAAAUCGCGUCUUACUUUGUCUUCAUCAUUUCCACAUUACCGGCGGGAAAGACGCACCUGCUGAAAAUGAGUGACAGCAAUUCUGGAUCAGAGGACCCUCCGAGUUCUAAAAACCAGAACAUUUCCAAGUAAGGUGCAGCUGAGUAUGAUACGAAGUUUAAUACCAGCUGGACCAAAAUCUAUCCAUGCAUUAUCGCUGAUUCAGCAAGCAAGCACCAUUUCUGAUGCAACUGAUAUUGAUGUUGAACUUCACAUAUAAAGAAAGUCUGACAAAGAUCUUGAAAAAGCGAGAUCAUCAACAGGAUUGCGCUUGACCGCAUUUGCAGCAUAGACUUCUGUCAAUGAGAAAAUAUAUUUUUAUACUUUAUCAUGUUUGAAAAAAGUUAAAAGUGCCUUGUUUCAGUUAAUCUAAGCUCAACUUGAUAUAUUUGCAAAGUUGCUAAGUUAAAGUAAAAUAAUGUCUUAUUUUGAACUGUCCCACUGAUAUGUUAUCAUAAAUGUACAGGCAAAUAUCUUUUUUCAACAGGAACUUUGCAUGCUGUGUUUGGUGUGUUUAUUAUUAUAAUAGUAGCCAAGUGAGUUUGUGCCGGUGACAGGAAAUAAAAAAUAAGCACAUAAAUGUAUAAAUCUAUAACUAUAUAAUUGGAAGUUGUAAAUACAUUAUUGUCAUAAUGGUUUUGGGAUUUUUGGUGAUGGUAUUACUUUGAGUAAUUCACUAAUUUUAUAUUCCUUUAAUAUUAUCGUUCUAAUAAUUUAUUUAAUGUUAUAAACUCUAAUACAUAUUUUAUGUGAUAUUUAAUAAGUAGGACAGAAUAUUAAAUUUACUCAGCUUGUAGUGCUAUAUUCAGAUAAUUUUUUUGUAAUGAUAUAAUUAUUUAUUUACCCUUUCAUUUAAUAAAGGGCAAAAUAAGCCUCAAACUCUGCUGCAGUAAAUUGCAAACAUGUGCACUUUUAUGGAGUUAAAACCUUGAUUUAGAAAUGACCUGGUAGCAACACAAAUUGUGUUUCCUGUUUUCCUAUGAUGUGACAUGCAUAUGUAUUUUUGUGGUGAAAGCUUAUAAAAAUGUGAUCAUUGCACAUCUUUUAUUUCAUGACCAUGCUGAAAUGUGUUAUUGUUUACCUGGCAUUGUUUUGUUAAUAAAUGUGGUGUCCUUA